UGGUGGGGUUUGGCCCCCGGGAACGCUCCCUGUCGGCCGGGGAACCAGGCGCCCCCUGGUGUGGAGUGACCCGGCUGUCGGGUUUCUCUGAUGCUGCGUCAUUCGUCUUGUGGCCCGUAGGGCGCUGGCAAGGUCCGCCUUGUGUCGGCUAGAAAACCUCCAGUCAUCCAAUCACCUAACUGAUAAUUCGGGUGAUCUGCAAAAGAAGCUGGUGCCCUUUAUCACAAUAUUAAACUCCUACCUAGCCCACAUGUCGGAGAAGAUGAAAGAGGGAAGCUGGAUGGGAGCUGAUGGAGGUGUCGCCUGAACCACUGCCCCACCUCUACGAGGUGCUGGGGACGCUGAUCAUCCAAGACACAACCAUCUCCUUCCUUGGCUGUGCUACCCAGAUGUACUUCUUCUUCUUCUUUGGAGCUGCUGAGUGCUGCCUCCUGGCCACAAUGAGGUAUGACCGCUAUGUGGCCAUCUGUGACCCUUUGCACUACCCAGUCAUCAUGGGUCACAGGGCCUGUGCCCAGCUGGCAACUGCCUCCUAGUUCUCAGGAUUUCCAGUGGCUACUGUGCAAACCACAUGGAUUUUUAGCUUCCCUUUUUGUGGCCCCAACAAGGUGAACCAUUUUUUCUGUGACAACCUCCCUGUCAUUGCACUGGGCUGUGCUAAUACCUCUCUGUUUGAACUGGAGGCUCUGACAGCCUCUGUCCUAUUCAUCUUCUUCCCUUUCUUGUUGAUCCUGGGGUCCUAUGUCUGCAUCCUCUCCACUAUCUUCAGGAUGCCCUCAGCCAAGGGGAAGUGCAAAGGUUUCUCCACCUGUUCCUCCCACUUCCUGGUUGUCUCCCUCUUCUACAGCACUGCCAUCCUCACAUACUUCAGACCCCAGUCCAGCACCUCUCCUGUGAGCAAGAAGCUGCUGUCACUGUCCUACAAGGUGGUGACUCCCAUGUUGAACACCAUCAUCCACAACUUAAGAAAUAGUGAAGUAAAGACUGCACUGAGGUGGGCCAUCCACAGGACCUGGGACCCUCAGAAACUAUGA